AGAUAGUAGGUAAAAUUGGAAAACUUUUCACUACUAUAUUAUAGUGAAUCUCAGUGUAAACUUUAAUCACUAAAAAAUGAAAUCAGCCUUAAAUUAUCCUUCUUCUCCUCCACACGUACUGAUAUUUCCUGUUCCAGCACAAGGCCAUGUAAACUCCAUGCUCAAGCUAGCCGAGCUUCUAUCUAUCUCCGGCAUCCACGUCACCUUUCUCAACACUGAUCGGAGCCAAGAACUUCUGACCCGUUUCACCGAUGUUCAAGCCCGUUUUACAAACAAAUAUCCAGGGUUCAAGUUCUUGACCAUAACUGACGGUCUUGAUCAUGACUCACCGGUGUUGGAUCCGGUCAUGGCUAUGUUUGACUCGAUGAAGCUGAAAAGCAAGCCGGUUUUCAAGAAAAUGUUGACUGAUAUUCGGCCGGAAGUUGAUUGUGUGAUAGGAGAUGGGAUUUUAGGGUUUAUUGCUGAGACUUGUUUUGAAGUUGGGGUUCCGGUUAUUCAUUUUCGUACGGUUAGUGCUUGUUGCUUCUGGGCUUGUUUUAAUAUGCCGGACAUGAUUGAAGCCGGUGAACUUCCGAUCCGAGGAGAAGAAGACAUGGACAGACUCAUAACGAAAGUUCCGGGAAUGGAAACGUUUCUUCGAUGCAGAGAUUUACCAAGUUAUUGCAGAAAAACCGACGUGAACGAUCCAUUGAUUCGAAUGGUUAUAGAAGCAACAAUGCAAUGCCGUCAAGUACACGCCCUAAUCUUCAACACAUUCGAAGAACUCGAAGGAGAUACACUAUCACAAAUACGCAACCAUUGCCCUAAAAUCUUCUCUAUCGGACCUCUCCACGAGCUUUUAAAUGUGAAACUUAAUACGCAAGAAACACAACAAUAUUCUUUGAACAGCCUAUCGGAAAUUGAUCGAAGUUGCAUGACAUGGCUUGAUGGUCAAGAAACGGGAUCCGUCAUCUAUGUAAGCUUCGGUAGCAACACAUCUAUAACCAAAGAACAAGUAACGGAGAUUUGGCACGGUAUUGCUAAUAGCAAGACCCGAUUUUUAUGGGUGAUAAGACCUGGCUCUGUUACCGAUAAGAAUGACGGUAGCAAAGACGAUGACAGUGUCGAUAAAAUUUCUCGAGAGCUUCAAGAGGGCGGCCCCAAAGAAAACGGAUACGUCGUAAAAUGGGCCCCGCAAGAAGAGGUGUUAGGACACAAAGCGAUAGGUGGAUUUUUGACACAUAAUGGAUGGAAUUCAACAUUGGAGAGUAUUGUAGCAGGUGUGCCUAUGAUUUGUUGGCCUAAUUUUGUUGAUCAAUUAGUGAAUAGUAGAUUUGUGAGUGAGAUUUGGAAAAUUGGAUUGGAUAUGAAGGAUGUUUGUGAUAGAAAAAUUGUUGAAAAAAUGGUAAAUGACCUUAUGGUGAAUAAGAGGGACGAGUUUGUGAAAUCUUCUAGUAGAAUGGCAGAAUUGGCUAGAAAAAGUGUGAGUGAAGGUGGGUCUUCUUGGAGUAAUCUGGACCGUUUGAUUGAAGAAAUAAGGGUGAUAAGUAGGCAAGGAGAUCAUCAUGAUUGACGGCUCCGAUUGUGUUUGGCAGUAUCUUUUUAAAAAUGUCAUUUGUAGUGAAUGAAGGUUUCCAGUUAAAGGGAACCGAUUUACUGCUGGAAAUAAAUUAUUGAAAAUAUAUUAAUUGAAUAAAUAUAAAUAAUUUUACAUAAAA